CAGCUCGCAACCGGAGAAAAGUCCCGCGACUUCCAAGUCCGGCUCUAGGAUGGUUCCUCCCCCACCCAUUAACAAGCCCCAUGUCUGCCUAUCUACCACACUCAUCAUGAGCAGCAUGGUACUUAUGGACGCCUACCUGGUGGAACAGAACCAGGGCUCCAGAAAAUUGGGCAUUUGCAUUAUGGUCUCCGUCGGGGACCUCUGCUUCCUGGUGGUGCUCAGGUAUGUGGCGGUUUGGGUCGGAGCCGAGGUGAGAACUGCCAAGAGAGGCUAUGCCAUGAUCCUUUGGUUCCUGUACGUCUUCGUUCUAGAGAUCAAAGUCUACUUCAUCUAUCAGAACUACAAGGCUGACCGCAAAAGCUUGGAUCUGAUGGCCCGCAAAGCGUUGACCCUCCUCCUGUCCAUCUGCAUCCCAGCCCUCUAUGUGCUGCUGGUGGCCACAGAACACAUGGAAUACGUCAGGACGUUCAAGAAGAAGGAGGACCUCCGCAACCGACUCUUCUGGGUUAUUGUUGACAUGCUGGACGUGUUGGACAUCCAGGCCAACCUCUGGGAGCCCCAGAAGAAAGGGCUUCCCAUCUGGGUGGAAGGCCUAAUGUUCUUCUACUGCUACAUCUUGCUCUUGGUCCUCCCUUGCGUCUCGCUGUGUGAAAUCAGCAUGCAAGGGAUCAGCAUCAUGCCACACCGCAUGAUGCUGUACCCGAUGCUGAGCAUGCUCACCAUCAACAUCACCACCAUCUUCAUCAGGGGCAGCAACAUGGUGUUCUUCAGGGACAUCCGUGUCUCAGGCAUUUUCAUGGGGAAGAAUGUGCUGGCCAUUGUCCUCAAGGUCUGCAUGUUUGUGCAGUACAGGAAGCAUUUACACCAUGCACCAGCAGGAUCAGGCACCUCAGACCCUCAGCAUAACGCCACUUCCCAACCACAGCCUGUCCUGCAUCUCCUGAAGCCCCAGAACCAGACUCCCUGUCCUGAGGGACUGGCCCAGGAGAACACAUGACACAGCAAGCAUCCGUGUGCUGGGUGACGAGCAACACCUUCUGUUGGUGAUCAAUAGGUUCAAAGGCAAAGAGGAACAGAAUCCACUGAGCCCCACAUAGACGGUGCUGGCCCUUCUGGAAUGUUUGUGAGCGCCUUCCUCUCCCUCUUCCCUUGCACUGCGCCCUGGGAUUGCCUUGGGCUAAGAAAAGAUCACUUUGAGAGUGGCCCAGCCUUGAUGCCAAGGUGUGGGCUGGCAGACUGUACAGACAAAUGUAUAGGUCUCUGGGAGGGUGGUUGCCAUGGGACUGAUAAUCUGCUUGAUGGGCAACAGGCAGGGGCAAACAAUCGACUGCCUUCUUUGCCUCUCAUAUAGCCAGUUAUUUCUGUAAUGGAAGGAGUUGUGUCUUGGAAUGUAACCGUUUUGUUACCAGGGGUAGAUCUGGGAAUGCCAGGAAAGCACCUGCUAGACAGACAAUUGUACUGUUUAAAUAACCUUCCUUUCUGGGAUGGUUGAAAGACACUGCACCCUGCCCACCUAAGUUCCCAGGGAGUGUCUGGGGUCAGGGCAUACAGUAGCCUUUCCC